UUGGUUAAAAUAGUUAAUAUCUGAAUAUUGAAAAAUUAUACCUUAGCAGAAAAAAUGGAAUAUACUUAACGACGUUUCCUGAAUUUGGGAUAAUCCAGUAAUCAGCAUUUGCUCUGUUGUUUCCUGGUUUCUUUUGUCAGAUCGGUACAAUCUGAUGUAUUUCCGUGUCAUCUGAUUUCUUUUUUCAAUACACAACAUCAUGGGCAACGGAUGCAUGCGUUCAAAAGCAGUUGAAGUGACUUCUCCAACUCUCCCAGCAUUCAAAGUUGUUGUCGUUGGCGACAGUGGAAGUGGGAAAACCAGCAUUGUUAAAAGAUUUGUUCACAAUAAGUUUGAAGAAGAAUAUUUAAGAACAACUGAUGUUGAUAUUACAAGUGUUGUAAAGAAACUCAAUGUACCAGAACAUGCAAUAGUAACAGUCGAACUAUGGGAUGUACCUGGUGAAAAUGAUGUUGAUUUGAGAAAGACUUAUUAUCUUGAUGUUGAUGCUGUUAUCGUUGUUGUCGACAUAUCGAGCGAAGAUUCCUUGAAUGUUGCUGGAAGUUGGAGUCUGGAUGUCACCAAUCAUGCAAGAGUAUCAAGGACAUUCACAGAAAGUGUUCCGAAUCCUGAUGGAAAAACAUUUACUAAUAAAACGAGGAAAGAAUAUGUGAAACCAAAGCCUGGAUCAAUACCUGUCUUGCUUCUCGGGAAUAAAUAUGAUUUGGCAAAAACGAAGUUUAUGAAAGAGCUGGAGGCUUCAGAAUCUCAAGGAAUAUCAAAGAUCAAGCCAGUUUCUGAAGAUCAAGUCAAACCAGCAACUGAAGAUACCAAAAGUGCUGAAUCAGCAAAAACGAAUGAUGAGUUGUCAGAAAAUGUUAAUAACUCAGUAGAAAAUAAAAAUGACUCAGCAGAACCAAAAAUAUCGGUAGAAACAGCAAAAACUGAUAAAAAGUCUGAUGAGCCUCCGAAAGAGUCGUCAGACACUCCAUCUAAAGAUACAGGAGAUAGCUCCCCCAAAGAAGAGACAACUCCAAUAGUGGAAAAUGGUCAUGUUGGGAACGGUGGUGCAAUAAAAGAGAAGGAAGAUCCCAGAGAGACAACAUACAAGAAGAUUCAUCCUAAAGAUGAGAGAAAUGGUGUCAUAACUAGCGUGAAAAAAGUUCAAGAAGUAAAUGAAAAGAAUCCUUCUCCUGCGGAUGACGCAAAGUCUGUAGUUACAUCACUUGUCUCUCUACUACCACCUUGUGUGGAAGACAUUGAACAUGUUGCAGAGAAAUAUGGAUUCCUUGCUGGAGUCCCAGUAUCAGCUAAAACAGUCAACGGUGGAGUGCAAGAAGCAAUGCAGUCUGUUCUAAGGCGACUAGUUGCGAAGAAACUAUUCAAUUUAGAUGCAAAAGAAGCAAUUUUAGAGCGAAAGAAGCAAAACUUUGAUGUGGCUUCCGCUAAAUCCGUCAAAUCUUAUUUGAGUAAAAAUUCCAGCAGAUUAAGAAAGAAAAUAUCUGGGAAUUUCGAAUCAUUACAGGAGGUCGGUAUAAUUGAAAUUGAUGAAGUUAUACGAAGAUGCAAUCCUACAUUACAUGAGGCGGAAGAUCUGACUGCAGGAUACGCAGAAGCAAUGCAUGGAUUUAAACUGGCUUGUUUCAAGAACGGCUUCACAUCUGGUACCAGAGUGAGUUUAGAAGUUUGUAUCUCAGCACUUAAGGAAGCUGUUGCUUCAAACUUUGACCCUGUGAACUCUGACCCCAGAGAAAACAUCAAAUUGAUGAUGAUGACUCCUGAGAAGCAAGCAGAGAGAGAACAAAAAGCUUUAACUUUAAUAUCCGAAGACGCUGACGGCUUCCCUGACUUGAGGAUUGUCAACACAGAACAGAAAGACGUGGAAAAACUAAAUGAAAGGAUUGAAAUGAAAGAAACAGAUGAAAAUAAGGACGAUAUUAUCAGGGUUCAACCAAAAAUUAUGAAUGUAUUAACAGAAUACAGAGAAAAUUUUCUUCAUAAAUCUUCAUCAAUUUCUAAAUAUGGAUCUGAGGUUGAAACAAUUUUGGGAAAGAGGACAAUGGAACUCACAGCUAAAGAAGAAAAAGCGUGGGAAACUGCUGUGGCAGCCGGUCUCUCUCAUAACGAAGUUCGUUGUAUUUUAUCAACAAUCGCUCAGGACAAAGCCAGACUUAGAGGAACUGCAGAACUAGUACAAGAAGCUAGAAAAUCUGUGCAGAAAUCCGCAGGAAAAAUUAAAGCUACUUUGCUGUUUUGAAACUGAAGUUUGGUUUAAAUUUUUGGAAAGCUCACCAGUUUGAGUUAAUUUUGGCGAAGUUUUUGAAAAAAUUGCUGAUCUGAGGCUAAGUUUUGCAAUACUUUGGUUAAACCGGCUGUUUUGAGACUAAUUUUGUCCAAUUUAAAUAGAGCUUACUGUUUUGAGCCUUAAUUUUACAAAAUUCCACAACAAUUUGCUAUUUCGAAUCUAACUUUGAAAUUUUUGAAAUCUAUCUAGAGAAAGUCACCCACUGCUUCAAUUUAUUGCUUAUUGCUUUUAUUCACAUCAAGGUUUCAUUUUCAUUUAUUAGUUUUUUUUUUAACUUUUCUUAGCUUUGCAGUAGUUUUAAAUGCUUUACAUGACAUUAUUAUAUUUUCAUUUAGUUCACAGUAUUAAUGCAGUUCUAUUUUGUCAAAUAUUUGAUGUUUUCAGUACUACUCAGAAGAAGGCCCUGAGCAAGUAGUCCAUUUGAGAUUACUACGUCUAUAUGUGAGCAGUGCAAAAGGGACAAGGGACAUCUUACUAUAGACCAGGGCUACUGAACUGGCGGACCGCGUUCCGAAUCCGGCUCUUUCAGGUGUUUGAUUCGGACCGCGUCUAAUUAUUUAUUUUGGACAUUAUCCCCACUUUAGAAUUUUCCGUUUAUAAAAUCACUUUCAUAGAUUCAAAUAUAAUGAAAAAAACUAUAAUGCCAUAAUAAACAAUCUUGAUUAGCUGAUAAUCAUUAGUCGGCCAAGGAAGUGCGUGUUU